AUGUCCACCCCCACCGGCACCCCCUCCGCCCCCCUCCCCUUGAUCCUCAUCCUCUGCACCUCGUCCACAGCACCAGGCCACGUCCUCCCGCUCUGCGCCAUCGCACGCCACCUCGUCGCGCGGGGGUACGCCGUGACCUUCGUGGGGGGCGCGCACCACCGGGCGCUGAUCGAGGCGGCCGGCGCGACCUUCUUCCCCGUCGACGGGUCGCUGACGCCCGAGCACGGCCCGCUGCUGCCGCGCUGGGCGGCCGCGCGCGCGCGCAUCCCCGAGGGCUGGCCGCGCAUGGCGCACGACUUCGCCACCUUCUUCGUCGGCCAGAUCGAGGGCCAGGUGCGCAGCACGCAGGCCGCGCUGGAGGCUGUGCGCCGGCAGGCGCGGCCUGCUGGCAGGGAGGUGCUGGUUGUCUGCGAGACUAUGUGGUUUGGGUAUUUGCCGUGGAAGUGGGGGAAGAAGGACAGGCCGGAGGGGUGGGCGGAAGGGGAAAGCAUGCCCAGGAGUCUGGGCGUGAACGUGACGCCGCUGAUGCUGGAUGGGGUAGGGAUGCCGCCGUUUCCGCUCGGGCUGACGCCCGUGGGUGACGGGGGUGGUGGGGGGCCGCUGGCGGCGGCGGCGGUCAGGGAGCGGGACGCGCUGCUGAGGGAAUGGCUGUACAAGUACGUCGCGAAGGAGGCGUACGAUGCGUUCAGGGAGAAGAUGAAGGCGUGCGGCGGGACCGAGGUGCCGGACGAGUGGAUGGUCAACCUGAGCGUGACGGCGCACGACACCACACUGCAGCUGUGCCAUCCGCUGCUGGAGUACCCGCGCGCGGACCUGCCGGAGCACGUCAAGUUUGCGGGCUGCCUGCCGCCCAGCAAGACGGUGCCGCCGGGGUUCGUGUUUCCGGCCUGGUGGGAGCGGGACGUGGUGGGCAAUGCGCGGCUGGCCGCGGACGAUCCGGCCAGGCGCAGCGUCGUGGUCGUCUCGCAGGGCACGCUGGUGAGGGACUACAGCAUGCUGCUGGCGCCGACGAUCAGGGCGCUGGCUGGCAGGAAGGACGUGCUGCUCAUCGCGCUGCUGGGGAGGCAGGGCGCUGAGGUCCCGCCGGGGAUUCUGCCGUCGCCCGAGGAGAGCGUCGAUGUCGGAAACGUCCGCAUCGCCGACUUCAUCCCGUACGACUCGGUGCUUACAUACGCCGAUGUCAUGGUCUUCAAUGCUGGCUACGGCGGGUUUAUGCACUGUGUCGUCAACGGCGUGCCCGUUGUGGCGGCAGGCAUCACCGAGGACAAGGCCGAGGUCUCUGCGCGCGUGGAGUGGACCGGGGUCGGCAUCAACCUCCGCACCGGACGACCGUCCAUUUCCGCUGUGGCCGCUGCUGUUGAUGAGAUCCUGCGAAACGACAAGUACCGGGCCCGGGCCAGGGAACUGGCAGUCGAGGUGGCCAAGGGGAAUCCCCUGGAGGUGGUCGAGAGGGAGCUGCGUGCGCUCACUCAGGGGUAG